AUGGCUAUGCUUGCAAACUGUUGGCUUAUAAUUGAAUGCUACUUGAUCCCAGAUGGUUAUAUGAAAUGGUUUUUUCUAAGCUUUUAUAUCAAUCCUUGUUUUCUUUUCUUCUGUCAAAUUUACUUAUGGAUCAAAGCCAUACAAAAAUGGAUCUUUCUCUUCAUCUUUCUCCUUGGUCGAUAUUUAUUUUUACCGCUCCUUGCAUUUUUAAGACGUUUCUUGAUCAAAACACAUCCGUCUUCUGGGGUAAGUGAUGGCAACACUGAAGUAGAAGAUGAAGAUGUGUGGUUUGAAGAAACUGAUUCAUAUAGUUCUUCGAGUACUUCUUCUAGGAUCUUGUUCUUACACUAUGAGGAAUCUUAUAAAAUUCCUAACAUCGCCUUCAGUAAUGUUCUCGAGUCAGUUGAUCAAGAAACAAUAUAUGUACACUCAAGUUCUGACCUUGAUGAGGAAAUAACAUGUUCUUCUGGUUGUAGCUCACCAACGAGUUCUUACUCUUUUGGUAGUCGUAGGGGCAUGGAGGUAACGCCUUCAACCACCCCUUCGUCGUCAUACACUUUACCGGAUACUUUACUAGAGUAUCCAGAGGUUGCUAACGUUGAUGAAGCCCAGAAAGGGUUAACGGAUUUUCUUACUCCCUUAUUAGUAGUUAAACCUGAUGAAGAAGAAAAAGAUUCAUUCUACAAGUUGUACAACGAAAGAAUGAGUUGGUUUGAUCUUCUUAGCCAAGAACGAUCAUGUGGACUAAAUGCAUUACUAGCAAAGACAGAGCAUUCGGCUAGUGAAAAGAGAAUUAUAAGGAGCUUAGAAAGUGACAUUGAGAUGGUAUAUGUAGCUCAAUCAUGCUUGUCAUGGGAAGCACUCCAUGAUCAAUACAGAAAGCUUGAAGGCAUAAUUGAUUCUUGCAAUGAUGUCACUAAUUGUGCAUCUCCUUAUGGCGCGCUAUGCAGUGGUGCCUUUGUAAACAAACUUCAAAGGUUUCAAAUUCUGCUAGAGAGGUUUAUGGAGGACGAAAUAUUUGAGAAGGGAAAAAGGUAUUGGAAUUUUGUUAGAAAAAGGGCUUCCUACAAGAGCCUACUUCAAGUUCCUGAUGUUUCAGAAAGCGGGGGUAAUGAUACCAAAGGAAGGAUCGGAGGUAUGAUGAUUAGGGCAACCGAUGUGUUGAAAACCAUAGAGAAAUGCAUCAAGACUUUCAAGUCAUUUAUUGAGAUAGAUGAGAAGAAACCAUGGUGGAGAGCACACAACCGUCAUUCAUGGAGCCGUUCACCAUUAGAAGACCCACAAGACUACAACUUACUGCAUAAUCUUAAACAUACUCUCCGACAGAAAGAGUUAUGGAUGAAAGAUUUGAAAGGAAAGCAGAGAUGCUGGAUGAAAAGAAGCAUGAAAGUUAUGGAAGAUGGCGAUCACAAUAAAGAGAUGAUGUUUGUCGUAAUUGAGUUGAAGCUCGUGGCACGAUUGCUCAUGAUGCCUGUAAUAUCAUCUUCUCAACUGCAAUGGUGCAAGCAGAAGCUCGAUAAUAUAAAGAUCAGCCAUGGCAGAAUUACAAGGCAAUGCUCUCAUUCAUUGUUAUUUCCACCUUCUUGA